CUUUUUUUUUCACAGACUGACAUGAACAUGACAUCUGGAGGAGUGGAAAGAUGGUUUUAAGAUUUAUGUAAGUAGGUUUAGAGCCAGCACUGACUGAUGCACUUGAGAUGGGGAGGAGUUAGGGAGGGGAGUGCGCUGGUUCCUGCAUGGGCGCUGUUACCCCUAAAUCAGGGGCAAAUCCAACAGGACGUCCCCUUUCUGACGUGCAGCAGGGGUGCCGCAUGAGCAGGGGGUCUUUACUUACUUUAAAAGCCCCCUCUGAAGAUGCUGCUUAUCCACUGAGCAAGUCUGGUCUUACUGGUGCGUAUCUUGUGCGCAAGUUUUCCAACAGCCCUCAGCUUUGGUUUGGAAUUUGCAACUUUAACUUAAACACAAAGAGCAGCGAAGAUACAUUUGAAAACAAGUUGGAGUGUGAGUAAUUUAUUUUUUUUACCAUCUUUUUGGACAUUACCGACAAAUGUGGCUUCUUGGAUCAACUUCCCAAGUGAUGAUGAUGGAUGAGCGCUUGUCUCCCUCCGCUCGCUCCGUCCAGAGCCUGGGGGAAAACCCGUCCACCAUCCACAGCAUAGAGGCGAUACUGGGAUUUAAAGAGGACACCAUCUUCCACAAAUCAUCUGCAUCCUACAGCAUGACAGAAAAAGUGCUGGUCAAAGAUGCUGAGCGGAAUGUAAUCGUGACCCCAAUGAAGAAAAGUCAUUCCUCAGAAAGUUUUGACAGUGUGUGUUGCGCCAGCAGCGCCGCAGAAGCGUCGGUCUGCCCGGACUCACCGGACAGAGACGGCAAACUGUCCGAUGAUGAAAACCCCAAGAAGAAGCACCGUCGGAACCGGACAACUUUCACCACCUUCCAGCUUCACGAGCUGGAGAGAGCUUUCGAAAAGUCCCAUUACCCGGACGUGUACAGCAGGGAGGAGCUGGCGCUGAAGGUCAACCUGCCGGAGGUCCGAGUUCAGGUGUGGUUCCAAAACCGGAGGGCCAAGUGGCGUCGGCAGGAGAAGCUGGAGGUGAGUUCCAUCAAGCUCCAGGACACCUCCUCCUCUUCCUUGCUCUCCUUCAGCCGCUCUCCCACCAGCUCUCUGGGCUCCAGUCUGCAGCUAGACCCCUGGCUCUCCACCCCGAUCACCACCUCCACCUCCCUGCAGUCCCUCCCGGGCUUCAUCACAGGCUCGCAGGUCCUCCCAGGCGCUUACACCCCUUCUCCUCCCCCUUCCAUGCCCUCUUCCUUGCCGGCCUCCUUCCUCAACUCCCAGGCCCUGGGACACAGCCCUCACUUGCCCCACAUGGGCUCCAUGUGCCCCCCGCCCCCAGUGUACCAGUGCUCAGCUGAUCCAAGGAACUCCAGUAUUGCCUCACUGAGGAUGAAGGCCAAGGAACAUAUUCAGUCUAUUGGGAAGACGUGGUGAUGCUGCUGGAGGUUAAACCAUGGACACGAGAACCUAGAAUACGUCAUGCUGCAUCUUUUGAAAAACUGACUUCAUUCUUCAUGCUGACGGGAUUUUUAUUUUGGAAGUUUUAAACAUUUAAAUCAUCAGUUGGCAUCCUGGAACAGAGACAUCCUCAUCACUUAUAAGGGUAACGCUUUAAGCAGUAUAUAAAACUGUAAUAAAUGGUAUAAUGAAGUUGUAAGUAGAUAUAAGUGUUUAUGAAUUUAUUUGUCAACAAGUAUAAAAUAUAUUAUACAUCGUAAAACACAGUUGUAAUAAUAUAAAAUAUGUCUUCAUAGGAGAAGUUGUCAACAAGCAAACACUUUAAAAUGUCCUUAUAGCUCAUUACAACUACAUUCUAAAGUGUUAUAACUCAUUUAAUUUAAUGAAAGUAAAGUGUUACCCUUAUAAGCAACUAUCUGAAAAUCUGUGCCACUAACUGUGACAUUCCUGUAAUAUAUGAAACUAAUGAACACUGAUGAGCUGGUGUUUUCCUUCUCCUUUUUCUUCCUCUGCAAGCUGUGUUUACUGUAAGGUUGUACAUUCAUUCAGCCCCGUCUCAUUCUUAUUCAGUGUUAUAUUGCCGAUGUAACUAAUACAGAGUUCAUUAGUAUCAGUAUUUAUUCCUCUUUUGUACUAGGGGCCCUCCUCAUUUCAAUUCAUUAUCCCUGCUGGUUUUUGAUCUUCAUCAUGAAAGAUUUAACAAUGUGAAUAUUUUAUGUAUACAAUAAACUUUAUAUGUAAAACCCAUGAACAAAAUAGUGGCUGAUCAAGUUUUCCCAGACAAUUUGUCACAUUUGAGAAAUGUAGAUUUGUUAGACAACGAAAAAAUGUGUGUGUGCAUCAGGAAUGACUGAUACAAAAGGAAACGGCAGGAAAAAAAUAUCUAUUACCUGUGGUUGAUUGGCACAUUUAUGUAAAGAUAUUUUAAAGCAUUAAUCAUGCUGCAGAACAGCACCUCUUAGUGGUGGAAU